CUCUUUCUGGCAUGGAGUGGGGACGCCUCCGUCAAUUGAGGAAAAGUGGAGAGACGUCAGGAGAACGUGGAGAAAGCAGACGAAGGGAGAGGGAGAAAAAGGUACAGGGCCGGAGAUCGGCAGAUAAUAGGACCACUCAGUAGCGGGAGGGAGAAGCGCGUGUAAAGCGACCAGACACCAUGGGGACCAGGGGAGGAGAGCGAGCAGAAGAGGCGCGCCCCAGGCUGACCGCCCAGGCAGUCAGCCCUGCAUCGCAAGAGGCGAGCACGGCCGGAGGGGUCCGCGGGCGGGGCGGGACGUUUGUUGCCAGGGCAGAUCGGGGGCUUAGCGUGCCCCUGCCCGCAGCCGCCCGAGAUGAGCGAGGCCAGCCGGGUGUGCUCCGGCUACUACAGCCUCAACCGCAGCUUCGUGGAGCCCUUCCAGUGUCCCCAGCGCGGCGAGGGGGCCACCCUCAUCUACUGCUGUGGCUUCGCUGACCUCAAGUACUGCUGCAGUGAGCCGGGCAGCUACUUCCCCUACAAGCACAGUUACAUGUGGAGCCUCAGCAUUGGCGCUCUGAUUGGACUGGGAAUUGCUGCCCUUGUUUUACUUGCCUUUGUCGUCAGCGUCUGUGUUCUUUGCUACUUAUUUCUGUAUACAAAGCCUCAGAGAUUAGACACUGGCCUUAAACUUCAACACCUAGAGGCUAUUUCCACUCAAGAAGGCAGCUCAAAUAGAAAAACCAAAGCCCCCAGUUCAAAUUCAACAAAUGAAACAUUCUAUGAAGCUGAUGAUAUAAUUCGAGAAAAAACAAUGGAUAUGACACAAAUCAACACUGCUUACUGUUAAAUAUCCUGUGUUGUAAAAGCUCACUGG